AAAGAUUCAAUCGUGAUCGAGUAAUUUUAAAAGCGCGUUUUAGAGUUUAACUGCCGCUUGCCGGAGGAGAAAACUCAACUCGCCGUUAGCUACCCCGAACUCCAGUUUUAUUCCCGCCGUGUAUUGCCUGACAUCCACCGCGCCGUUUCUGAACUCCGAUCAAGUUGAUGUCGGGAUUCGCAGCUCACCUAGUGCUCCUCCUCGUUCUCGUCUCUGUCUCCUUGUCGCCGUGGGUCAGGUGUUUAGGUAAAGAGAGAACAUUGGCUAUGAUAAAGCCAGAUGGAGUCUCUGGUAACUACACUGAAGAAAUCAAAAGGAUCGUUGUCGAGGCUGGUUUCAAUAUCGUCAAGGAGAGGCUUACUCAGCUGGACAAGGAGACAGCCUCUGCGUUUUACGACGAGCACUCGUCAAGGAGCUUUUUUCCUCAUCUUGUUUCUUACAUGACAAGUGGUCCUGUGGUGGUGAUGGUGUUGGAGAAGAGAGACGCUGUUUCUGAUUGGCGUGGUUUAAUCGGGCCUACUGAUGCGCAAAAGGCUAAGAUUUCUCAUCCUCACAGUAUCAGAGCAUUAUGUGGUAAGGACUCUCAGAGAAAUUGUGUGCACGGCUCUGAUUCAACACCAUCAGCUGAGAGAGAGAUCAAGUUUUUCUUCAAGGAUUUAGUUUCAGGUGACGUCGCUUCACAACAUGAUGAACUAUAAGAUACACCAAAAGAUACUCUUUGUAAUCUUGUAACUGUUGCUUGAUCUAUCUAUAGGGCAUGUUCGUUUACGUGUUGCGCGACCUGCGACUUGCAACUAAAAUUACGUUCGUUUAUGUGUCGCGCGACCUGCGAUUUGCGACCUGCGACUAAA